AGGUGACUGACCAGCUCCGCCCAACAACUGGAAAAUAAUCUUAGGCUGAAGACUUGAAAACGCUAAUCAGACACAUGGAGCAUUGGGCACAUAGGCUAUUCCCUAAACUGCAAUUCGAGGAUUUUAUUGACAGAGUUGAAUACCUGGGAAGUAAAAAGGAAGUUCAGACCUGUUUAAAACGAAUUCGCCUUGACCUGCCUAUUUUACAUGAAGAUUUUAUUAGCAAUAAUGAUGGAGGAGGAGAAAAUCAUGGCCAUGAUGUAACUGCUACCCAAUCAGAUCCCUUUUUGACAAACUCAUUGGAAAGUGAGAAUUUUGCUUCUGAGUCAGGUAGAAGCCUAACAGAAGAACAACAACAGAGAAUUGAGAGAAAUAAACAACUGGCCUUGGAAAGAAGGCAGGCAAAGCUACUGAGUAACAGUCAGUCCCUUGGAAAUGACUUGUUAAUAAAUACACCCAGGGCACAGACCAUUGAAGAGGUUAAUACAGGUGAGGAUCAAGAGGAGGAGUCAUUAGAUGGAUUUAACAAAGACAUUCUAGACCAUCCACAUAAUAAUGCUGCUGCCAAUGCUGUAAAUGAGGAGGAGCAAUUAAAAAUAGAGAACACACAACUGGACCAGUCCUUUUAAAAUGUACAGUAGAACUUUAUACUUUAUCCAGAAAUGUUACUGAGGUUGGAUAGGCUUAAACUAAGAGAAAAUCCAUUAACCUGCUAUCCUCUAAGUUUUAGAUUAGUAUGUAUUUUGUCUGCUUGGAGUGAAAAUCCUUAUGUAGUAAGACUUUCACAGAUUCCGAUUUAAAAUAUGGUAUUACUUAUACUUGUUUCUUAUUAACUUUAGUUGAGCCUAUUUAUUCUCUUUAGUGUUUUUAUAUAGAUAUAACUUUAUAAAAAUGAUUAGUAGUUACAAGCACCUUCUGCUGCUAGUGUGCUACUGAAUGUCUUGUUUUCACUAAAUUGGAGGUUUUGAGAUGUAAAUAUGUAAUGAAUAUUAAUGUCCAUUUUUUUAAAAAGAAAUAAAAAUCUUAUAAACUAUC